UAUAAUGCUAAUGCAUAUAAUAUGUAAAUGUAUGCCUUUUAAAAUAAAGAUAAAAUUCACUGAAAUAUUGCUCUUAUCAUAGAAUGUUUCGGCGAUUUGUAAAAUGUAAUUUCUAUUAUAUUAGUAGGAUAUAUUGUAGCGGCAAAUUAAAUACACCAGUAUUAAAAUCAUCGGGGAAAAUGUUUAAAUCUGCUGUUUUAAAUCUUCAAGAAGCAAAUGCAGAUCAAGUGCAAGAAUUCUUAAAUUCUUUUGAUACCGUUUUAAGUGAUUGUGAUGGUGUUUUAUGGAUAAAUAAUAAUGCAAUUCCUGGUUCAGCUGAAGCUAUGAAUUAUUUUAGAAAACUGGGUAAAAAAAUAUUCUAUGUGACAAAUAAUUCUACAAAGACUCGAAGUGAAUUUGCUGUAAAAGCUCAACAAUUAGGAUUCAUUGCAGAACCGGAAGAAAUUCUUUCAACUGCUUAUUUAGUUGCACAUUAUCUUAAAGGUAUUGGAUUUCGAAAGAAAGUUUACUUAAUAGGCUCAAAUGGCAUCGGGGAUGAACUAAAGGCAGUAGGGAUACGCCACACUGGAGUAGGACCAGAUAGUGUGAAAGCUGAUUUUAAAUCUAUGACUACAGCAGAAUUAGACCCAGAGGUUGGUGCAGUAGUUGUUGGUUUUGAUGAGCAUGUUAGUUAUCCAAAGUUCAUGAAAGCAGCAUCAUACUUAGCCAAUGAAGAAUGUCUAUUUGUAGCAACUAACACUGAUGAAAGGUUUCCUAAAUCUAGCACUAUUAUUAUACCUGGAACAGGCACUUUGGUAAGGGCUGUAGAGACAUGCUCUGAACGGAAGGCUUUGGUACUGGGAAAACCAAAUGAUUAUGUUCGGAAAUUUCUUGAAUCCUUUGGAUUGGAUCCGGCAAGAACGUUAAUGAUUGGAGACAGAUGUAAUACAGACAUUGAAUUUGGUAUGCGAUGUGGUUUUCAAACUCUACUUGUAAUGACAGGAGUAACCUCUGAAAAGGAUCUAGAGAAAAUGCGUAAUGAACGAAGACCACCACUACCCGAUGUCGUCCUUCCAAAACUGGGAGAUAUUCUAAAUAUAACAAGUGCAUAGUACAAAAAAGUAGUUAAAUAAUAAGGAUCAAUUGACAGAAAAAUGUGAUAAAAAAAUAUUCAAAAUUAUAUAUUUUUGUUCUUUAUUUGUAGUCGUAAGUCAAUUGUUCUUAGAAAAUUUUGUAGCAGCAUUACGAUAUAGUCUUUCGUGAGAUAUAAGAUCGAUGACUAAUGCCUUAGACUAGCUUUCAUGUUACUUAAUAUAAUAUAGUGCUAUAUAAUGUAUCCUUAAUUAUGAGGAAAAUGCUUACAAAGUAUAUAUAUAAUAUAUCUUUGGCCUGUAUAAAGAGAGAUCAUUGUUUUGAUAAAAUUUUGCAUCCAAUUUAUUUAUGUAUGUUUAAUGAAGAAUGCGACAACGAUUUUUGUUCAUAAGCAUAAAAUAAGGCUAUGAAAACCACAAUUUUGUGCAUUUUUACAAUGUAUUUAAUGUUAGAUGCUUUUAUACUCGUAAGUGUCAAAGAAGACUUACAUUGUGUUGGUUGGUAUCCUAACUAUUCAAUAAUAAAAAUUCAAUUAAUCAGUUGUACAAAAUGUUAUGAAAAAACAUUGAUUAAGAAUGGAUUAUAGUAAAGAGUUUUAGAAGUUAUACAUAAAUACUAAAAUAGUUUAUAGGAAGGAACAUUGUAACUAAUAAAAAUAAUAAAUAACCAUAUAUUAAUAAUUUACCACAGAUUUUACAUUUAGAUAAUACAUUGAAAGUAUAUGAUUGAAUUUUUUUUUAAAACAUGUAGGCUAGCGCUUGACUGUUAUCACACCUGAUGAAAUCAAUCCAACUAUAAACCAUUUUUUUGUUGUAAUGCUUAAAUCAUAAUUAAACAGUGUACACUUGUUCA